UCUCUCUCUCUCUCUCUCUCUCUCACUCACUUUCACAUUCAGUUUGAGUUUGACCCGUUGCCAGCCACCGGCACUUCUUUCUCUACCCCACAAACACACACAAAAAAAAACCCACACUGGCACACUGCACUCUCUAGAGAGGAUCUUCUUAGUGGAGACAUUUUCUCUUACUUCUAUCUAUCUAUCUUUUAGAGCUCUCAAAAGGCUUAAAUAACCUUUCCCUUCCUUUUAGCUCCUCUUUUUCUUCCCCACCCCAAAACCCUAAUUCCCCACAUACAGAGAAGAAAGCCUCAAAAGAAGAACCUUUCCGAGACACUACUGUUUGUCUUCAUUUGCAGAUCAAAGCCAUGGAUUCUGGUAAUAGUGGUAGUUUGCAAUCCUCAAGCGGCGGCGGCGGUAGUGAUCAAGAGUACGAUUCACGGCCUUUCUUUAAUCCUCUCACUCAUUUAAACUCCAUAUCAUCGAACACACAACAACAACCACCGUCCUUUUUACUGCACCACCACCCACAACAACCCACUUUCUUCGAUCCUUCCUCCUUCCACGCUCUCUCUCAAUCCGUCUCCAACCCGAAUCCGUUUCUAAAUCUUGAUGCGAUUCACUCUCAACCCCUAAGAUCUGACGUAGGAUCCAACGGCGAGGAUCCGUUAUCAUCGAUGCAGCUGCGGUCGCUCCAUGAUAGUAAUGUAAGAUCAUCUGCACCGUCCGAUCAAAACAAUCACAAUCACAACGGUGCUCCAGCUCCAAGAAAAAACCCCAAAAAGCGAACGAGAGCGUCAAGGCGAGCUCCCACAACCGUUUUGACGACGGACACCUCCAAUUUUAGAGCAAAGGUCCAAGAAUUCACUGGUAUCCCAUCGCCGCCGUUUACGGCCACGUCGUAUUCUCGUCGGCUCGAUCUGUUUGGCUCCGUUGGUUUGGCCUUGCGGUCCCCUCAUUUUGAUGGACCUGCAUACCCUCUGCGUCCGUCGGCUCAAAAGGUUCAGCAAUCUCCACUCUUGUCUUCUCCAUCAUCGUUAAUGCCAAACUUGCAAACCCAGAAUAAUAUUCUCUCUUUCCAGUCAUUUCUACAUCAUCAGAACCCUCCUCCAAUUAAUCACGAGUCUGGUUUUGGUGCAAAGUUUUCUCAAGGAAGUAUGAUGAGUUUAGCUUCUGUUGAUGGAUUGGGCAGUGGAAGCUGCUUCAGUGGGGGACUAACAAAUAAUCAAGAUCAGCAAGGGAUGUCCAUUAGGAGGGCAUAUAGACUUUCUCACGGGGGUCUAGUAAAACAUAAAUUAUCAGUUGCUAGAUCUGACCAAACGACUAUGUUUAAGAUGUCAUUAUGAAUCAUGGAUCAUAAACUUCCGGGCCAAAAUGGGAACCCGCGGGUCCAAAUUGGUUCCUCUUCCUCCGAUGACCGUUUCAACCAGAAAUUGGUCGGAGAUGGUGGGCAUUGGUCCAAUGAGUAGAAUGGUACCAUCGGCAGUCAAGGAGACAUCUAAAUUGCCGGAUCGACGACGAAAAGGUGAGGCGCACUUACGAUUUCAUAAAGGAUUUCUAGUGAAUUUGGUGAUUUUUUUGGUGAUGGAUUGUCGGGAUGAGCUACUGCUAGUCCAAGGAAGGAUUUUGGUUGGUCAAGAUCCUCAAUGGUGGCUGGACAACUGACUUCCAAUGUUGGACGACGGUUAGGAAGAUGAAACCAUGUGGAUUGUUUUGCAAUUUCUCAUGAUAACUUUUAAUCUUAACUGUUCGUCAGGAUCAACAGCUAAGACAAGAAGUUCGUAAAAUUAUGUUUUAUAAGUGUCUCAUGUGAGAAAGUUUGAUAUAUAUAUAUAUAAUGUAUACUACACACUCAUGCAUGAUACAUGUGUUUCGUUUAUUUGUAGCUCACCCAGCUACCAUGGUACAAUGAGUAGAAAGACAAAAGGUCGACAAGACCUCAGUUUUCUCUA